AUGAGGACUGUAUUCAUACGCUUGGUUUCCUUCAAGAUCAUCGAUACGAAUGGAACGAUGUUAAUUGCAGUGACUGUCACAGAUUCACUUGUAAGAAAGACAGAUGUAGACGAAUGCAGCUCAGGGUCAUUUCCCUGCCAUGCAAAAGCUAAGUGUGUCAAUACUCCUGGUUCCUACUCUUGUAUAUGUUCAGCAGGAUACAUAGGAGAUGGAAAGAUAAAUUGUAACAGAUCAAGUAACUGCGCAGGGCUGUACAAAUCUGGUAAAACAACCAGCGGUGUUUAUACAAUCGACCCCGAUGGUUCUGGUGCCUUCGAUGUAUUCUGUGACCAAACAACAGCCGGUGGUGGGUGGGCAGUUUUUCAAAAUAGAAUGGAUGGAUCGGUAAGUUUCUACCGCGGCUGGACCGACUACAAGAACGGCUUUGGUAAUCUGAAUGGUGAGUUUUGGCUGGGACUGGACAAGAUUCACCGCCUUACAAAAAAAAAGAACAAGCUCCGAGUAGAUAUGAUGGACACCACAGGCAGCACUGUUUACGCUGAGUACAGCAUGUUUGCAGUUAGCAGUGAGAGGACUAAGUACACGCUUAGCCUUGGGAGUUACUCAGGAACUGCCGGCGAUUCUCUUUCUUCUCAUCGUGGCCGUCCCUUUUCAACCAAAGAUCAGGACAACGACGAUUCGUCUAGUAGCUGUGCUGUGAUCUUCAAAGGAGCCUGGUGGUACCAGAGCUGCCAUGAUUCUAAUCUGAAUGGACUUUAUCAUCAUGGGAAGCACUCAUCUUAUGCCGAUGGAGUCAAUUGGAAUCACUGGAAGGGAUAUUACUACUCCGCCAAGAGAGCUGAGAUGAAAAUUAGACCAGUUUCAUUUUAA